GUACAAAUCUUCUUUUAGUCAGACACUUCAUCUUGCUUCUACAUGUCUUAGAUGUCCUACAACUUCAGUGGGCAUGUUGACAGAUUUGAUAGAUGCUCUGUGAGUGCCUUACUCUUGUGCCUUGGUAAAUAUCACAGCCAACGUUUUGCAAAGCAUCCUACUUAGCUGUAGUGGACUCCACUGUCAUGUGCUGUCAGAGAUAAAUCAUGAUGCAUUGUGGGACAUUAUGGAAGACGCUCCCUCGUUAUUUGUGUUCGACCAUUUUUCUUUGUUGUCACAUCUGUGCAGGUGCCUAAAAAAAUGCAGUUAGUCAACCUGCUGUUCCUCGUCAAUGUGCUUCCAGCUCACUGUUACGUAUCACAACCCAGUUUGAGUACCACAGCAAUGGAGGACUGGGAGGAUGUGGCUGAGUCCUGGCCAAUCAGAACAGAGGACCCACUAAGAGAGGAAGAGGAGGAGGAGAGUCGAGAGGAAGAUGCUGGGGAUUAUGGGCCGUGGAGAGAGAGAAAGCCGGGGAAUGAGGAAAGAGAAGAAGAUGUGAGCUUGGAUGGGGAAGGAAAGGACAUGGGGAGAAAAGAGGUGGAGCAGAGAGGAGAGGAGAAAGACAGAAAGGAGAUGAAGGAGGAGGUGAUGGCUGAGUAUGAGAAGCAGACAGAUACGAAGAGUCAAGGAAGCCUAAUCCUGGAGAGAGGGGAUCAAGAUGAGAUGCCGACUGAUGAACAAGGACGAGCGGAGGAUCAAAGACGAGAGAGACAGGCUCAUCAUCCUGGAGAAGAUGAAAGAGGGAUGAAGAGGGAUGAAGCGGAAGGACAAACCGUAAAGGAAAAAGAGGAAGUGAUGAGAGUGAGAGAAGAAGGAGAGGAGGAGGAGAGAAUGGAUGGAUGGAAGGAGGCAGAGGGAGAAGGGAAGGAAAAGAAAGAGGAGGAGCAUUCGGUCUCAGCAGUCAGUCUCGUUUCAGAGAGCAUUCCACAUUCGACUGCGGAAAUCCUUCUUGCAGUUCCCGCAGUCCCCGUCAGUCAGGAAACCCCUCCCCUACUCACUCCAUCUACUAAUUCACAAUCUGAGGCUGCUGAUGACCAUAUGACUCACCAACCAAGUCCUUCUGUCGCUCCCAGAAACACCCUACCUCCACAACCCUCUGCGGAACCACAGGAGGCCAUGCUAUUGGCUAACAGACUCAGCUCACAUGAUGACCUCACAAAACUUCAGAAUGUGAUGGAAAAUUCUCAGCCAGUCCACAUGAGGGAGGUAGAGCCCAUUCCGACAACAAUGCAGGUUCAAGUCAGCCCCAUAAGUAAGGCUGUGAUCAGCACGACAGACAACCCAGAAUCUGAAGCUCGAUACAACACACACACAACUCAGCCAGGGACAUCAAGUGGAAAAAACAAGCAGAAGCUUAGCCAAAAAGCUAUCAGGCGCAAAAUUAUCCGAAAGCCUAAAAGCAACCAAACCGCACAAGUUGUUAAGUCAAAGGUCCAGCGAACUGUGACUAAACUUUCUCAGAAUUUAAAACAACAACCAUUAUCUCCCCUUAACAAAGCCAUUCCCAAUCAGCUAAAUACCACAACACUAAAUAAAACACAAGGUGAAAUGACUCUCAAGCCUAAUAAUAAUAAUAAUAACAACAAACAGCUGAAGAAAAGAAAAGAUAAAAUUACCAGAUCUCUGAAGAAGGACAAAAAAGAGAAGAAAAAUAAAAAAGAGAAAAAAGAGGAAGUACCCACUACUCCAUACUUUCCUUUCUUUAAAGAUGACUACUGUCCUACUGACUGUGCCUGUUAUGGAAGGUGAGAAAGAUUUCCACUUCAGUAAAACUAGACAUUUGGUUGUUAAUCAUUUAGAUUUGCUUUACAUCCAUUACAUUACAUUAUUGAGAUUAUACCUGGAAUUAUUCAUGUUAAUCACCUGGUGCAAUUUGCCCACGUUUCCUAGUGCAACAUAACACUAGCAUGUCACACAUAUUCAUGCUGUCACGUUCUUGCGUUAUCCCAGAUAUGAGUUUAAUGAAGAAGAGUGUGCUAGUUAAUUUGCAAUCAAGAUUGGUUGAAAACUUAUUCAGGUUGCCCCUGGAG